AUGCUCAAGCCGCAAGCCAACUCUACCCGUGAGCUCGUCUCCCUGGACGGCAUUUGGAACUUUGCUCUCGCAUCCUCUCCCGACAUUGAGGCAGACGCGCCAUGGGCUAAGCCGCUGCCGCCAAAACUCCAAGUGCCCGUUCCCGCCAGUUACAAUGACAUAUUCGCCGAUGACAAGAUCCGCAGCCACGUCGGAUGGGUUUACUACCAGCGCCGAGUCACGGUCCCGCCGAGCUGGUCGACGGGCCAGCGGUAUUUCCUGCGGUUCGACGCGGCGACGCAUCGCGGCCGCGUCUACGUGAACGACAAGCUCGUCGUCGACCACGCAGGCGGCUACACGCCAUUUGAAGCCGACAUCACCGACGUGGUUCGUCCGGGAGAGAGGUUCAGGCUCACCGUGGCCGUGAGCAACGAGCUCAGCUGGGAGACCAUACCGCCGGGCAAGAUCGAGACCCUGGCCAACGGCAGGCGGAAGCAGACGUACCAGCACGACUUCUACAACUACGCUGGGCUGGCGCGCUCUGUGUGGCUGUAUGCAAAACCUAGCACCUACAUCAGCGACAUCAAGAUUGUGACGACAGUAUCCGACGACGGAGCCGGCAACGUAGACUACGAGAUUCAAACGUCUCGGCCCGUGAGCGACGACAGGCUCAGGAUAUCGAUCUUAGACGAGGAAGACGCAACCGUUGCCCAGGCAAACGGGGACAAGGACCGGGUAACCAUCAACGCGCCUCACUUGUGGCAGCCCGGCGCGGCCUACCUGUAUCAGCUUCGCGCCGAGAUCCUCUCCGACGGCCCCGACGCAAACGCCAUCGUGGACACGUACGAGCUGUCGUUCGGCAUACGCACGGUAGAGGUCCGGGGCAACCGGUUCCUCAUCAACGGCAAGCCCUUUUACUUCACCGGCUUCGGCAAGCACGAGGACGCGCCCGUCCGCGGUAAAGGGUUCGACGCGGCUUUCAUGGUCCACGACUUCCGCCUCAUGGGCUGGACGGGCGCCAACUCGUUCCGAACUUCGCACUAUCCCUAUGCCGAGGAGUUCCUCGAGUACGCCGACCGCCACGGCAUCGUCGUUGUUGACGAGACGCCCGCCGUCGGGCUCAACCUCGGCAUCAUCGCCGGCGUUCUUGGGAUCAAGGCGCCUCCGACAUUCGCCCCGGACGCGUGCUGCGAUGCGACGCAGGCGGCGCACGAGAGCGCGAUCCGCGAGCUCGUGGCGCGCGACAGGAACCACCCGUCCGUCGUCAUGUGGACCGUCGCGAACGAGCCGGCGUCGGCCGAGCCCGGCGCGCGGGAGUACCUCGCGCCCCUCGUCGAGCUGACGCGUGCGCUGGACCCGACGAGGCCGGUGUGCUUCGCCAACAUGGGCUUCGCGACGUGCGAGACGGACCGCGUGACGGACCUGUUCGACGUCGUCUGCCUGAACCGGUACUAUGGGUGGUACUCGCAGACGGGCGACCUGGAGGAGGCCGAGCGGGCGCUGGAGACGGAUCUUCUGGGAUGGCAGGCGAGGUACGGCAAGCCCAUGUUCGUGACCGAGUACGGCGCCGAGGCGGUGGCCGGGCUGCACGCCGUCGGCGACGUGCCGUGGAGCGAGGAGUACCAGGCGCGGUUCCUCGAGAUGUGCCACCGCGUCUUCGACGGCGUCGACGGCGUCGUCGGGGAGCACGUGUGGAACUUUGCGGAUUUCCAGACCACGUCGAGCAUCACCCGCGUCGACGGGAACAAGAAGGGUGUCUUCACGCGGGACCGGAGACCGAAGAGCGCCGUCCACGUGCUGAGGGCGAGGUGGACGGCCAUGCAGGGGACAAGGGUGUAG